AUUUUGGAACAUACCUUCAAUGGCUGCAUUCAGCAGACCCAACAGUUGAACAAAAUUACUAGAUUUUUCACUGAAUCUCGCUCCUGAUUGGUAAAUACUUCUGGGUCUGUGAAGAAUUUAAAAACAGCUUCAAUCACAGACAAUAAUCACUAAGCGUUCACUGAUCACUUUGUUCUACUGAACGCGGCCAAUUUCAUGCAGGUUAUAAAGUUUUGAAUGUGAAUAGAAAGUGAAAUGGAAUAUUAAAAACUAGAUAUCGAAAGGUAGAAAGCUUUAAGCGGAACAUUUGGAAGUAUAAAUAUCUGGUGAAGUGACAAAGAGUCGAAGAUGGAUUUCCAAAAUCGUCCAGGCGGCAAAACCGGUGGCGGUGGCGUUGCCUCCUGGUCGGAGAGCAACCGCGACCGCCGAGAGAGAUUACGUCAACUCGCUCUGGAGACCAUCGACUUGAAUAAGGACCCAUACUUUAUGAAGAAUCAUUUAGGAUCAUACGAAUGCAAACUAUGUCUCACUUUGCACAAUAACGAAGGCAGUUACCUGGCGCAUACUCAGGGUAAAAAGCAUCAAGCUAAUCUAGCCAGACGAGCUGCGAAAGAAGCGAAAGAAGCACCUCAGACUUUGGCACCGGAGAAACCUAGAGUGGAGCCAAAAAAAUUUGUGAAAAUUGGUCGCCCUGGUUAUAGAGUCACUAAGCAGCGUGACCCGGAAUCUGGUCAACAAAGUUUGUUGUUCCAGGUAGAUUAUCCGGAAGUAGCUGACAAUGUAAUCCCACGACAUAGGUUUAUGUCAGCUUAUGAACAGAGAGUUGAGCCACCAGAUCGUAAGUGGCAAUACCUGCUGUUUGCUGCUGAACCAUAUGAAACUAUUGCUUUUAAGGUGCCCAGUAGAGAAGUGGAGAAAGCAGAAGGUAAAUUCUGGACUCAUUGGAAUAAAGAUACAAAACAAUUUUUCUUACAAUUUGCAUUUAAGAAUGAGAAACUUAUGGGUAAAGUACCACCACCACCAGUCCCUUUGAUACGACCAGGAUUAGGUCCAAUGGUGCCUGUUCCGCCGCCUCCACCUAGACCACCAAUGUUCAAUCCAGUGCCACCACCACCAGCUCUAUUGGCUACUGGAAUGCAAAUACCGCCACCACCACCACAUUUAGCAUAAGACACUCAGAAAGAUAAAUUUAAUGUAUAAAAUAUAAUUUAUCCAUAACGAUAAUUCGUAGUUGAGAUAAUUCGUAGUUAUAGAGUAUAACUCAAGACAAAAAGAUGUAAUAUGUUGAAAAAAGAUAUUAAUUUAUUUUGUUUUUGAAGCACGUUUCAUCUUCACAAUUACAUAUGUAC